AUGUCUCAACUAGAUCCCCUUCCCAUCAACCCAUCAGUGACACGCGUGCUUCUCACCUACAUCCGAGCCGCCAAGUACGUCGACCAGUCUGAGCUCGAACAAAAGCUCUGCGUCAUCUGUGACGAGCUAGGCGUUCCACCCGCCCUGCUUGACGAGGUGGUACACCAUCUCAACCACACCAUCAGUUUCCUGGGUUUCAAAAUAGAUCGGUGCCUCGACGAGGUGUCCAACACGCUUGUGUACGCGUUUGUAAACUCCAGCUCCAUCAGCACCCAAGUCGACAAGACGUUGUCGCGUUUCAAGCUUGGUGAACUCACUUCUCAUCAAGCAUCACGUUUCCAGGACAUCCAAAGAGCUUCGAGGGUUGAUUUCUAA